AUGUCUUCCGACGCAUUUGCCGCGUUAAGGAAAACAAGCGGGGAUGAAUUGGGAAGGCUGGCGGAAGAACACUUCAAACACGAUUUACGAGAAGAAGAUCGAGAUGUGGUGAAACGAUCCGCUUCAAAGGUCUCUACCCAUGCCAUGAUCGGAUCGGCCAUAGGCGUAGGAUUGGGCAGUUUCUUUGCCUACCGGAUUCGGGCGAAUCGACGAGCGUUCUACGAAGCUUUCCGCGCCACCGAGAAGCCUACGCACGUGCGAUUCGCGGACGGGAGAGAAGAAGCUAUACCGGACGUCACGCCGUUGUUACAGCCAACGUCGCUAGGGGACGCGAUGGCUUUUACAUUCUUUGGUAUUGCCGGAUUGUUCCUGGGAGGCGAGACUGGUCUCUUGACAGGGACGUGGUCAGCCCGGAGAACAUUGGCACAAAACCCAGACACUCAGGCGCGGGUGGAAAAGGCGUGGAGAGCAUUCAGAGCAGAUACAUUGAGAAAGCAAAUUGAGGAGUUGGAGGCUGGGAAUAGCAAGGAGGACUCGAUGCUUUGGUAG